UCAGGACCGAAAUCCCUCCUUCCAUCUAAAACGAUGAGCAAUUUCGAUUCAAAAACGCAAGAAUCACUGAGAAGGAGGUGGCAGGAGCAAGUAAUCAACGAAAAAACCCCAUCAAAUUUGUAUAACAAAGCUCCAUCGACAGUGCCCUUCAUAGGGAACCCUAAAAAUCUCCAAACUUUUUCUAGUUUUUUAGAUGAUGAUCUUGUUUCGUCGGUGGUGCCGCCAGUGACGGUGGUGCUGGAAGGCCGUUCAAUCUGCCAGCGGAUCAGUCUUCACAAACAUGGAAGCUACAAAAGCCUGGCAAAGGCUUUGAGACAAAUGUUUGUUGAUGGAGAUGCAUCGUCGUUUUCUGAUAAUGAUGUUGAUCUUGAUCUUUCAAAUGCUAUUCCUGGCCAUCUCAUUGCGUAUGAAGACAUGGAAAAUGAUCUUCUUCUUGUUGGUGACCUAAACUGGAAGGAUUUUGUUAGAGUGGCAAAAAGAAUUCGAAUAUUACCGGCAAAGGGUAGAUCAAGAAAACAGAAAAUGGAGGAGAUGAAUUAAAUUACAUUGCUCCUUGUUGAUCAGUUAUAUGAAUCUCGAGAAAACAAUGGAAAUCCUUUCUGAAUUGAAACGUCGUUGAACUAAUCGUGCAUGAAGAAUUUUUCUAUAAGAAAUUUUUUGAAUUAUGGAAUCAUAGAAAAUUGUGAGUAUUCCUUUAUAUACAUCGUCUUUAAUAAUA